AUGCAUACUGCUUUUGCCAUGAAAGAGUUGGGGAACAUUUCCUAUUUUUUGGGGGUCUCCAUUAAGGAUUAUGGUGAUUCUUAUUUUCUGUCUCAACAUAAGUACGCCUCUGAAAUUCUUCUUAAGGCUGGAAUGGCAAAUUGCAAGCCUUGCAAUUCCCCAAGUUCUGUUAAGCCUUCUCUCUCUUCAGAUUCUCAUAUUCCAUUUAGUCAACCUAAACUUUAUCGCAGUAUAGUUGGGUCACUCCAAUACCUUAUGAUCACCAGGCCUGAUUUGUCUCUUUCAGUUAAUCAAGCCUGUCAACAUAUGCAUGCUCCAACUGUUGGGCAUUUUGCUUCAAUCAAGAGAUUGCUUCGAUUUAUUCAAGGGACUUUAACUCAUGGUCUCACAUUCAAUCCUAGUUCUUUCGAUUUACAAGCCUUCUCUGACUUUAACUGGGCUGGUGAUGUUCUCGAUCGUCGCAGUACUUCUGGCUAUUGUGUGUAUCUUGGUUCGAAUCUUAUUUCUUGGUCAGCAAAAAAACAACCCACAGUGUCUCGUUCCUCCACAGAGGCAGAAUGCAGGUCUUUGGCGCAUACUGCUGCUAAACUCACCUGGUUGUCUCUGACUCUAACUGGGCUAGUGAUGUUCUCGAUCGUCGCAGUACUUCUGGCUAUUGUGUGUAUCUUGGUUCGAAUCUUAUUUCUUGGUCAGCAAAAAAAUAACCCACAGUGUCUCGUUCCUCCACAGAGGCAGAAUGCAGGUCUUUGGCGCAUACUGCUGCUAAACUCACCUGGUUGCAAAUGUUGCUUUGUGAGCUUCAGCUUCCUUCCUCAGUUGCUCCAAUUUUAUGGUAUUGUUGAUAUCUUUACCAAGCCUCUCUCUGUGUCUCGGUUCCAAUAUCUUCAAGCCAAGCUUCUGGUCUCUCCCGCUCCCAUCAGCUUGCAGGAGGGUGAUAAGACAACCACAGCAACAAUAGUAGCUCCAAGUUUAGCUUUAGCUUCAGAAUCAGUUGCAACUGCUCCAGCUCCAGCUGUACAUUCUCAAUCAGUUACAUCAAGAGCAUUGUAUAGUCAGUUAUAA